GUUUCGCCCAUCACUCCACUCCGAUCCCUCUACAUACUCGAAAAAAUCAUCUCUCCCCAAUUUUCACACAUCCAUGGCCUCAUUUCGUCGCCUUUUAUCUCCCAUUCUCUGCUUUAUAUCUCUGUUUUCCCCUGUUUUACCGGCGAAAUUUACCAUAGUCAACCACUGCACCUAUACAGUUUGGCCGGGGAUUUUGUCAAACGGCGGUAGUCCGUCGGCUGAGACCACCGGAUUCGCUUUGGAAAACGGUCAAUCCCGAGACAUUACUCAACCCCGUGCUUGGGCCGGCCGGUUAUGGGGACGGUUCGAUUGCUCGGGGGAGGCUACCGCCGGGACAUUUACUUGCGAGAGCGGAGAUUGUGGCUCCGGCGCGGUGGAGUGUAACGGGAAGGGAGCACAACCGCCGGCGACAUUGGCGGAAUUUACGCUUAAUGGGGCGGACGGGCUUGACUUUUUUGACGUGAGCCUGGUUGACGGUUACAACUUACCAAUGCUUGUGGCCCCACAGGGUGGGGCCGAAGGGCCCGCGAACUGUAAGGAGACCAGUUGCGAAAUCGAUAUCAAUCGCAUUUGCCCGGCGGAGCUGCAGCUGGGGGCCACCGUCGACGGCGACCGUAAGGUGGUGGGGUGCAAGAGCGCGUGCUUAGCCUUCGGGACACCCGAAUACUGCUGCUCUGAAGAUCACGCGACUCCAGAGACCUGCCCUCCCAGCAAUUACUCUGCCAACUUCAAGAGCGCGUGCCCGAGCGCGUACAGCUAUGCUUACGACGACCAAACCAGCACCUUCACUUGCGCCGCCGCGGAUUACGUCAUUACAUUCUGCCCUGCCUCUUCCUCUUCCACCAGUCAGAGGACAUCCGGAGGACAAUCGACAAGUCCCAGCAGUGGCGGUGGCGUGUCAGCUGUAGGCUUCUAUCAUCAGCAAAUUUUUGCCCUUUUCAUCACCACCACCAUUUUAGCACUGCCAGCUUUUGAAUCGAUGCAGUUGCACUAACCACCAUUAGCUAACUAUAAUGUUAAAAACUAACAAAAGAGUCAUUUCUUAUACUCUCAUGAAAAAGAUGCAAUUUA